AUGGAAGUAAUAGCAUCCAAUACUAAGAUUAUUAAGAACAUGGAACUGGAAAUUGAAGAUGAUAUUUCAGCGACGGCAUCAGAACUGACGGUCUCUUCUUCCUACGAUUCUUGUUCAGGUUGUUCAACUCCAACAGCUAGCCACAAAGACAAACGGUCUAUACCAAUCUUCGAUGAUCUCAAAACGACUGCUCCAAAAGCUACAUAUGAUUUAAACUUUGAUGAUGUAACAGUGGAAAAGUGUAAUCACUUGCUCAAAUUAUCCGAUUCUCCACAGUUCGGAAACAAGACGUUCAAUCACCUCAGCAAUGAUCAGAAAGCCCUCAUGCUUUUCAUGAUCGCAAAGAAGAUAGACAACCUCUUUCAUCCAAGACAUCAGGCAGCAAAGAUGAUCGUCAGAGUAUUGAGACCCGAGUCGUCGGAGAUUAGACGAAUGAUGAGCUUCGUCCAUCGUGGAAGGGAUCGCCGCCUUCACUGUGACGCCGAGAAAAAUCAAUUUCUGGAGACCAGCUAUUCCAACUUUGUCCAAGGACGAAAAGCAUAG